AUGAUUGAUAUGCGGGAUAGACGUGAUUGGUGGACUGAUGCUGUGCGCGAUAUCCGACGCUCGCCUGAUCCUCAACGGAUCAAACGCACCAUUUUCGAGGGCAUUUUGAGCAGCAAACUGCCCGACUCGGACAAGACCGAUGCGCGAAUGGCUGGCGAGGCUCAGCUCAUCGUAUUCACAGGGGAAGGCACCACAGGACGAACUGCGCACGCUCAAAUCCACCGUACCGGGCGCGAUUCCCGCGCUGGGCGAAGUCGAAGCCUCCCCUAUCUGGGUGUCAUCAUCCAGGAGACGAUCCGCUGCCACCCGGGCGUCAUGAGCCGUCAGAUGCGUAUUUUCCCUGAAGUUCCCAUUCUCUAUACGAACCCUAAGACGGGCACUCAAUACUCUGUGCCCCCUGGGACCGUGUACAGUAUGUCUCCGAUGGACGUGCACAUGAACCCGCAGUGCUUCCAGCAUCCGCACACGUUCCGACCCGAACGGUGGAUUGAGAACCCGAAGCUAUCGAGGUACUUUAUUGGGUUUGGAAGAGGGUCGAGAAAUUGUCUUGGAAUAGCUCUUGCGCGACGAGAGUUCGCUCACGCCCUGGCCAGCUUAUUCCUGAAGUACGACCGCUCUACCGGACAGGAGGGUCCGACGAUGGAGCUGUAUGAUACCGUUCGGGCCAGGGACAUCGUUGCAGAGCGCGAGUUUAUUGUGCCUUUCCCAGCUCCUGGUAGUCAAGGCCUGCGGGUGAAAUUCCGGUGUUAA